AUGUCCUUUUUAAUGUCGCCUACAUCACAGUCGUAAGUCCCGAAGAUUUCGUUCAAGUAGGCGAUGCUAGUCAAGUCGUUGCUAUAUUUUUUGGCAAUGUCUUGUUUGGAGAAACCGGAAAAAAACUUAUCUCAAUACUUAUUGUAAUUUCCUCUUGUGGUGCUGCCUCCGAGAUGAUUUCUAGAGGUCCCGAUAUUAUAGUCCAUGCUGUUAGAAAUUACAAACUUGGACCUAAACUUGGCCAACCCACAAUUGCAUUAUCAAUCCAAUUUUUAUAUU